CUACUGCAAGAAUUUCAUCUUGAGUCGAAAUCACUCAUAGGUAAUUUCUAGUUUUUGUUCACGUUUUGCAUUUUAAACAGUGUAUGAGAUUUACUAGGUAUUUUUUUAAAUCUCUCGUCGCAUUGAUUCCGCCAGUUGAACUCAUCUAGUAGAUACACCCAUCUUCAAUAAACCAGCAACGCAAAUUUGAGAUCAAAAUGGGUAAUAACGCUUCCCAAGACCAGCAAAAACAACCUCCGCCACCUCCUCAGAAACAGCAACAGCAAAAGAAAGGAGGUGGACAGCAGCAGCAGCAACAGCAACAGCAACAGCAGCAGAAAAAGAAAGGAAGAGGUGCAGGAUCUGGUCGAGGUGCUGCCUCUACAGAACAAGAACCUCAGAAACAAAGCAAAGGUAAAGGAUCGACAGUCGCAUCUGGUUCUCGAGCCACUGACGACCAACCAGCUCAGCAACCUCAACGAGGACCUUCUUCUCAGCAGCCGAAAUCCGAACCUCCUGCUCAAAGUCCUCAAAAAACAGCUCAGAAAAAAGCUCAGAAAACACCAGCUCCUGCAGAACCUACUGAACCUCAACCGGUUCCUGUUACUAAACAGGCCAAAAAGAAAGGCGCAGGUGGUGCUGCUGUUGCUGAAUCACCUGCUGCUGAAUCAGCACCUCCUAAACAAGUUCAAGAACCUCCAGUAAAGGAUUCUGGCUCUUCGCAACCGACUCCUGAAGCCAAAGCUGCUGGAAAAGGUAGAGGUAAGAAGCUCGCUGCUAAACAAUCAGAAUCUGCUAAAGCAGCUGCAUCAUCGACACCGACACCGCCACCGGAAACCCCCGAGGUUGAAACUCCUGUAAAAGAACCUCCUGCACCCCAACCCGAACCUACCAAACCUGCCGGAAAAGGCCGAGGUAAAAAAGGAGCAAAUGUCGAUAAACCAUCCGAACCUCUUAAAGCAGAAACUCCAGAACCUUCGAAACCUGCUCCUAAACCAGCUCCAAGCCAGGAACCUCCUAAACCUGCCAAAUCUGCGCCUAAAUCAGCUCCAACUCCAGCCCCAGAACCUGUUGCACCCGCAGUUUCUUUUCAAGAAAAAGCCUCAAAAGAUCCUCCUCUACCAGCACCAGCCAAACCUGCCGGAAAAGGAAAAGGUAAAAAGGGAGCAAGUGCCGGAGGCGGAGCUGGUGCCGGUGAUUCUAAACCAGCAGGUUUUUCCAAAGCUACAUCUCCAGCUCAAGAUGCUCCCAAACAACCUCCGAAACCUUCUGUUGCGUAUUCUGGACCUCAAUUGCUCAUACCUCGAAGACCUCAAGGUCAAUGUAUCACUCGUCGAGCACCUUUAUUCGAGAAGAAAUUAAUUAUAGAGGUCAAUUAUUUACCUAUCAACUUCAAAGACUUCAAUUUAAAAAUCUUCCAUUACGAUGUCGAAUUCAAACCAGAUCGUCCAAAAAAUCUUUACAGGCCUGCCCUCAGAAUGCUUUUGGAUAAAUACGUUCCCAGACGUCACCCAGCCUUCGAUGGCAAGAAAAAUAUGUACGCUGGAGGUACCAAGUUGGAAUUCCCGAAUGGUGAAUCUGUUCAAGAUACAGUCGAAGUAUUCGAUCCUGAACGUGGUAAAGAAGCUGAAUUUGAAAUUACUGUCAAACUCGUUGCUCAAAAUCUUUCGUUGAGUAAGCUGGCAGAGUAUUUGAAGAGUGGAACGUCUUUGAGUAUUCCUCAAGAUGUGAUCCAAGGAGUGGAUAUUGCUUUGAGAAAUGCUCCGAUUAUGAAUCCGAAUUUUGUACCAGUUGGAAGAUCGUUUUUCGCUAUUCCAAAGCCAGACUCACAACCUACUGAUCUAGGAAAUGGAUUCGAAUUAUGGCAUGGCCAUUAUCAAAGCGCCAUCAUGUCUUGGAAACCAUAUUUAAACGUCGAUGUGGCCAACAAAGCAUUCCCUAUUGCCCAAUCUGUGAUCAAUUAUAUCUACAACGAUAUGAAAGAAGAUCCUGAAAAGCAGCUUGAACAGAGAGCAGAGUACAGAUUGCUGAGAUUUUUAAAAGGGUUGAAAGUCGAUUACAAAAUACAAUCAAAUGAUCCAAGCGGAUUUACCAAAAGGACCUACAAAGUGAAGGAUCUUGGUGCUCCACCAAACAGGCAUCGAUUUAAACCGGAGAAAGAAGGCAGUCGAGAGAUAACGGUCGAGCAAUAUUUUACCGAUGUUAAGAAAAUUAAUUUGAAGUUUCCUCAUCUUCCAACUAUUGUGACGAGUAAUCAGAACUUUUUACCCAUAGAAUUUUGUCACAUCUCACCGAAUCAAGCAGUCAUGAGGAAACUGGACGAAAAGCAAACUGCCCAAAUGGUGCGAAGUGCUGCUAAAGGAACUGAUAUACGAAGAGAUCGUAUUUUUGGAACGAUUGGUCAGUCAGGUUUUAAUAACGAUCCUUGCGCCAAAGAAUUUGGAAUUUCGCUGAGUACGAAUUUUGAAAAAGUCGAAGCUCAUAUCUUGAAAGCACCUUUGAUUCGUUACGCAAACGGCAACGUUCCGGUCAGAAAUGGCGUAUGGCAGACGAGAGGUGGAGAAAAGUUUAUCAAUUCGCCAGGAUUGGUAUCGUGGGUAAUUAUUAAUACUGAUAGAAAAAUUGGACCUCAACAAAUCAACAAUCUCGUGAAAAAUUUCAAGCAAGUGGGUGAUAAUAUCGGUAUUCCUGUGCAAGAACCCAAAGAAAUUCUCAAUGUGGGUGGCGCUAUUCGAUCUGAAGCUGAUUUUGAAAGAGAGUUCCGCAAAUUCGAUAAAGGAACUCAGAUUUUGGUCGUAAUUAUGGCACCGUUCGGUAUCGAUGAUAUUUACAGCAAAAUCAAGAGAGUAGCCGAAUUGAAAGUUGGCGUUUUAACUCAAUGCUUGAAAGCAGCCACUUGCGAUUUUCGUAAAAUGAACGCGAUGACUGCGCAGAAUAUAUUGCUGAAAAUCAAUUCCAAGAUCAGCGGAGUGAAUCACUCGUUGGCUCAAAGUGUAUUACCAACUAUUUUGAGAGAACCGGUGAUGAUCGUUGGAGCUGACGUCACCCAUCCAGCGCCUGGCACAGAUGGUCUUUCAAUCGCUGCAGUGGCAGCAUCUCAUGAUUCGUACGCCUUCAAGUACAACAUGCUGUACAAACUUCAGCCCGGUCGCCAAGAAAUGAUCGAACGUCUACAAGAGAUGAUCGAAGAACAGCUUCGAUUCUUUUACCAGAAUUGCAAAUGUAAACCGAAACGUAUAUUGUACUAUAGAGAUGGAGUCUCUGAAGGACAAUUUUUACAAGUGCUGAAUAUCGAAUUACGUUCCAUUAGAGCGGCGUGCAAGAAAUUAGAAGACGGAUAUGAGCCUGCAGUCACUUUCUUGGUGGUACAGAAACGUCACCAUACCAGAUUCUUUCCCACCGGACCCAAAGAUUGGGAUGGAGAAAAAAAUAAAAACGUGAUGGCUGGUACUUUGGUCGAUUGCACCAUAACUCAUCCAACUGAGGUUGAUUUCUAUCUUGUUUCGCAUCAGAGCAUACAGGGUACUGCUCGUCCUACCAAAUAUCACUUGUUAUGGGAUGACAAUAAAAUAGAUCAAGAUGAGCUGGAACAAUUGACUUACUAUCUGUGCCAUAUGUUUGCUCGAUGUAAUAGAUCGGUGUCCUAUCCUGCACCUACUUAUUAUGCGCAUUUAGCCGCAUUCAGAGCCAGAGCAUGGUGGGAUGGCCAACGUUAUGAUGCUUCUAAUUUGACGAAGGAGCAAGAAACCAAAGGAAGAAUUCAGGACCACAUCGUAAAGAAUGCUCCGAUGUUUUUUGUUUGAAUCGGUCACGAUAAAAUUCUAUUUACCUACCUACAUAUAAAUUUCCUGGUCAAUUGAUGUUUUUUAAAAUCAUACCUACUUCAUUUUUCGCGUGAUAAAUUUGUGAUAAAGUUGCUUAAAAAAUCGUUUUAUUCAGUGCAA